GCUUUAUAAACAGCAGCAGCACGGGACUAAGAUCUUCUCCAGAGCUGAUCAUGAAGGUGUUCUGCUCGCUUUGGUUGCUUCUGUCUCUGGUCAAGCUCAGUCCGGCUCCGCCCGCGUCUCAGGACCCUCCGUUUGCGUGCAGAGGAGCCGGGGACCCAGCGCCGCCACAGCCUGAGACGCCGGAGGACAUGGCGAGCAGCGGAGACCUGGAGCCCACGCACUACCCGGCGCGGCGGGCGGCUACGGUGGCCCUGCAUCAGCUCAACACGCGCCACGGCUCGCCCCACAGACUGUUCGCCCUGCAGGAGGUGCACAAGGCCAGCGCGGAGGAUGUGGCUGCGGGAGGCCGGAAGUACAGCCUGGACUUCUCCGUGACGGACUGGGCCAGUGGCAGCGCGGGCCCGGCGCUGCGGUGCUCGGCGGAGGUGAUGUUCCCCGGGACGGAGCGCAGUUCUCCUGACGUGCAGCUGCGCUGUGAGGCCCUGCAGCAGAUCAACAGCACAGCACAGGACCACGCUUUCUACCAGAAAUACAUCGCACCGGAGAGCGCCGUCUCCGCACAACACAUACCAGACAGCUACGGUAACGUGAGCGAGGAGAUGCAGCCGUUCUGGCGCUUGGCUCGUGUGGCCGCGUCCUUCAUCAUGCUCCGAGAGUCCAGUGAGAACACAGAGUUCAACAUGGCUCAGGUGGCCAGCGUCACACAGCAGGAGUCGAGCGAGAAGCAGCUGAUGUUGGAGUUUGUGGUUCUUCUUCAUGACCUCCCCUCACAGGAGAUCGUUCAGUGGAAGCUGCUGGCGUCCUGGUCUCCAGACAGAGGCGUCAGGGUCCUGCAGACCGAGUGGCAGCCCAGAUGCCCUCACGACACCAAACCCCCGAACUAACCCUGCGCCGCAUCAAUAAAGACAGACAAACACAGCUGCUGCAGAAAACCCACCAUUCUUACUGGCGCUGUCAAAACGGCUGGAAAACAAUCCGAAUUUUGUACUUAAAAGGCAUAAUUUCUGUUGGGGGGCUUUUGGCUUCUCUCCAAAGGCCACAAGAGGGCGCAUCGAGCAAACGAUUACUAAAGCAAUAAAAUAACACGACUAUCUUUAAAAGAAAGUGCAUUCUGUGUGAACGGCUUGGUUUCAGUUGUGAUGUAAACAUCAUCUCUGCAUUGAAGUUCUCUUUUUCCCCAAUAUUUUGAAUGAAUAACAGCAUAUUUUGACUGAACUUACACAAUUCAGCUGUUCUGAAGUCUCCCGUCUCAGAGUAAGUGAACUCAGAGUUCAGGUUUUAACUCAGAGCUGGUUGAACCUCAUUACUGAAACCAUAGCAUAACAUAUGAAUAAAAUAUCAUUUUUCAAAAUUUUUAUUUUUUUUCUUAUGAUCUAAACAAUGUAAUGACAUGAAAAAAAUACUAUAUUCAAAACUUUUUUUCGUGUCUCAGGAGGAAAAAUAAACACCUGUGAUUCACAACGA